AUAUUCGGCAUUCGCGCGACACCGCCGCACCGCGCGCUCGUCUCCCAGCUCAUUCCGCGCUCGCGAGCCGUCCGCGGUACACGCACGCACCUUCGCUCCCGUCGCUACCCUUCGCGUGGACCGAACAGUGCCGUGAAGUGCUCUCAAACUCGAACCUACCUGUGCCAGUGCUUUCGGACACGAUUUACUAUCUGUGGAGUGGUGCGAUGCGAGGAUUGCGGUCCGGCGGGAAGGCGACUCUUUGAGCGACGAAAGGGUUGGAGUGCGGGGUGCGAAGCGGGCGGAGGGCGGCGCGAGGCCGCGCAAGCGCCCGCCGGAGGACCGCGCCGCGGCUCCAUCACACGCGUUGACACCGGCGCGCGCGAUGGACGACAAGACCACCGCCGUCGGCGGCGAGGAGCACUACAGCCUGCGCUGGAACAACCACCAGGCGCACCUGCUGCGCUCCUUCGAGGCCCUGCUGCACGCCGAGACCCUCGUCGACGUCACUCUCGUAUGCGCCGAGCGUCGCGUCCGCGCUCACAAAGUUUUACUCGGCGCGUGCAGUCCUCUGUUUCGGCGAAUAUUCAGCGAGAACCCGUGCAAACACCCCGUGAUCGUGUUGAAAGACUUUCAAGGAUGGGAGGUGCAAGCGGUGGUGGACUUUAUGUACCGCGGGGAGGUGUCUGUGGCGCAGGAACAGCUCGGGACUGUGAUUCGGGCGGGAGAGUCGCUCCAGGUGCGAGGGUUGGCAGAUCAGGAUAGAGAGGAGCAUGCGAGGUCGCCUCCGCCUACGCCGCUGGCGCGGAGUCCGGUGCAGACGACGCCGCCGGCCCCAUCGCCGCCAGUGAGCCCCGCGAGCCCGCAGCCCAGGAGGAAGCAAGCGAGACCGCGCAGACGUUCAGGAGAGUCAGAUACACCGGAGAAUUUAUCGAUGAGGAGAUCACCAAGCUGUGGACUGAAGGCAGUGAGGCUGGCCAGGCCGCGGUCGCCGCCCAAGCAGGAGCAGAGCGACGAGCCGGAGGCCGAGGUCCCGCCGCCGCCGAGGAUGUUCCCGCCACACCAGGACAUGUUCCCGCCAGUGCCACCGGCUGCUGUCUCGGCGCUCUCAUUAACGCCACCACACAUGUUCGGCAUCGACUCCCCGCUGGGGCUGUUCCCGCCGGGAAUGGAGCACAAGAUGUAUCCCAUGAUGGAUGUGGAGCACCGCGGGCCGCCGCUCGACUCACAACUCUUCACCAGCGUCAAAAAGAAAUGGCGGCCGAAAGGGCAGCACAGCGCGCCGCGCGGCGGGCCACCUCGAUCGUGGACGAACGCCGAGCUGACCGAGGCGCUGCAGCACGUGUGGAACAAGAAGAUGACCACGAGUCAGGCGUCGCGCAUCUUCGGCAUCCCGUACAACUCGCUGCUCAUGUACGUGCGCGGCAAGUACGGCAAGAGCCUGAAGCUGGAGCAGCUCCGGAAAGACUGCAUCGGCGGGCCCCUCGACGUACUUAAUAUGAACUCCGGCAACAACAACAACAACCACCCGCCGAGCAAACACCAACACGACAAGGACGACCACCAGAACUCCAGCCAAAGACCGGCGAGCUCCGAGCCGGACAUCGCCUCUAAUCCCAUGUUUAACCCGUUCUCGCAAGGCUUCUACCCCGAAUUCCCUCCCGGUUUCCCGAUGCCGCUGAAUAUGCUCCACCUGCUGCCGCCGAACGAGAAGGCGAGGGAGCUGUACCAGUCGAUGCCGAUGGCCCUGGACUCGCUGUCGGGAGUGACGAAAGAGGAGGACUGCAAGAGUGAUCGGUCCAAGGAGAACUCGGCGGACGAGGAGGGCGACUCGUACCGCGCGCCCUCGCACCCGCCGCACCCGCCCGACAACCGCACGCUGCUGCACCACAACGGGCAGGACUAAGGGCCCCUUAAAUUUAGUCCAAACGUCUACGAAUCUCUACUGUACCUUCAACUGUGUUAGUAACGAGGCUUUCCCGAGCUCGCUCUGUGCUCUCUAUACGGACGAAAUCUCGCUUAGGUUACAUGUUAUUGAGGACGUAAAACUGGGAUCCGAUUAGUGUAUUAUUGCCCAAAUUAGUUUACUUUGAUACUUUGGUAUCUGAUUAUUGUCCUAACUUCGGUCGCACCUUACCGUAAACUUUUCUACGUUGUUUCCUUUCUAGAACAUAAAUUACUUUCGCACUCUACUAGUUCUACAUACGCCUUGUUCUUGGGGGGGUAUGGGCUGUGCCCACCUCUAUGGGCUCCUCUUUCGUUGCUACUGGACCGAGGUUGGGCGCCGAUCUCCACGUCGCGCGCGUGCGCAGUACACAAAUUGUGUAACAAUAUUUUUAGAGAUUUGUGUAACACCUCCGUAGCUCGCACGAGCGACGUCCACAUUAAAAUUAGUUAAAUUUAUAUUUAAAAUGUGUUAAUAUUGUAAAUGUAUAUUAAAUCGCUCUUAAGUGAUAGGCGAUAAUUUAUUCCGAAGGAGUGCAAUAAGUAUGAAAGGUGUUGUGAUUGUUAUCGUUAAGAUUUUCCGAAUACUUUUUUAUUGUUAUCACAUUCCGUAUCAAACAUUCCUUUUAGAAUUAUUAUCAUUUACAGUGUAAUUAUUAAUUAUUAUAAAUGGAAUUUUAUUUAAGAAACGAUGUUUAAUUUUAAUUGCGUCCUAAUUGUUUUAAUUCGAUCCCAAUGUAGAUAUUAUGUGUUAAUGUGCGAUUCCACUUCUGCAUUUCACCAAAGUUUGUAAAAUAUUUCGUAAUAAUAGUUAUAUUCGAUGAUAAUACAAUUUUUAAAUGUAAAUAGUUAUUGAUAAUUGAAUGGUGAAUAAAUUUUAAUAACCAUUUAUUAAGGGGACAUUUAUGUGUCUAAAAUGGUAAUGUAGUGUAUUUGUAAUUGUUGUAGUAUUAGUGAACUGAUUCAUGACUGCCUGCAGGCAGAGGUCCGCGACGCACUAGUCACGCCCCUGGGCGCCGAACCAACGACGUUUAGCCUUCUUCACUUGUCUUCAAACUGUUUUGUUUACACUUCCCUGGAAAUUACUGACAAAAUUGUAGUAUGACAAAUUCAAUUCAGCCCCGAUGAUGGACGCCUGUUGCAGUUUCGGACGCAAUUUGUUGCGGAUCCUCGUUCAAAAGGCGCUCGUUUAUUGCUUUUUUGCUCAGAAAUGACAUGUUUUCUUACUUACAAGAGGAAUAAAGGAGUGAUUUUGAACGAGCGUCGUUAUCUAGACACUUUUGUGCUAGAUUUGUUGUAAAAUCUAAAAUAAAUUGCGUAUGAUUCAUUGCCGUUCGUCUUUUCGGGUGAAUAAAGGUUCUCGCACACUUGUCGACUUAGCGUUACGUAUUCAUCUCUGAAGUAUUUAUAGGCCACGAGAUGCGUAGGAGGCGUUUUCGAUCCGGUGGCGAGUUGAAGUUACGAGGACCUUUCCCACGACAGUGCGCGCCAGGUUAGACAAAUAAACGUUUCUGCACUCAAUGUUCAAAUCAAAAGGAGCUUUCAAAAUUUUAGUGAAUAAUAAUGAAGGUUAGAAUAAAUCGAGGUUCAAUCCUACCUGGCUUUAGAUAAAUGUAUACAAUGAUUUCAUAAUGAAUUAGAGAUACCAUGUGACUAGACGCAAAUGGUUUACCUGUUGUAUAUACGGUUUAUUUGUAUAAUAAUGAUUUUAAAAUAUGUUGAACGUGUUUGAUGUUUCCUUUAUAACGAUGCUAUGAACAUUCCCAAAUAUCACUAACAGUAUUUAUGUUGUUCCGUAUUUAUAUUUAAUCAAUUCUAUGUGCACCCAUGCAGUAUGACUCGCAAUCCAGAUUACAGUAUAUUAAUCGCAUAUUCGUCAGUACAUUUACUACGCUGCAAAACUUACCAGAAGACUGAACACUAUUUACGACUCUAUUUUAUAUAAUUAUUGUACAUUACACAUAAUCUCAGAACUCUGGCAGUGAACCUCACACACAGUAGUACACCUAGUGUCACGUCAUAUAACAAUAUUAUCAUUACAGGGAUUUUAUAUAUAAACGAAUUACUGUAUAAUUGAAUAUGUAACUAUAGUUUAACAGAUACCUAUUGCUUUUUCUCGUUUCGUUCCAAUUAGUAUUCAGUUGAAAGUUUCGAUGCACUUUUGUGAGGGGUAUUAAAAGAGUAGCGUAAUGUAAAAUAUAUAGGGUGUUAAACGGAGUAAACCAAUGUGUGUAUGGAAAACUACAUGUGCCAAAAAUUAUGAUAUCGUGAGCACUAACGUUUGGCAGAUGGGCGACCGCGGGCCUAGGGCACCGGCGCCGGCGCACGGACUGUAUCUUGCCUACGACACUGUUUAGGCUGGCUUUAUGUUUACUUGUGUUGUGAACUUGUGAUCGUUUUGUUAUCGGACAUUUUACCUAAUUCGUACAAAUUCAGCAGUAUUAGAGUGAUUUUGUUAAAGUUUUAAUU